UUAUGUGAUGUUUUGGUAACUUUUAAUACUAUAUUUUUUUUAACGUAAAAAUAAAAUUCGUUUUACAUCACAAAAUUAAAUAUGGCGAACUACGGACAGCCUCCUUAUGGUCAGCCUGGAUAUGGUGCUCCUCCGGGACAACCUGCAUAUGGCCAAGCCCAGGCCCCAUAUGGAGUCCCUACAAGUCAGCCCUAUGGGGCCCCUGGAGGAGCCCCUCCUGGCUACGGAGCACCACAAGGACAGUGGGGGGCCCCCCAGGUCGACCCCCAGGUUCAGGCCUGGUUUAUGGCAGUGGACGCAGAUCGCAGUGGGCGAAUCUCAGCCUUGGAGCUUCAACAGGCCCUCGUGAAUGGAAACUGGUCGCACUUCAACCCAGAAACAUGCAGGCUCAUGAUUGCGAUGUUUGAUAAAGACCAAACUGGUCAGAUUGAGCUGCCAGAGUUCCAGGCUUUGUGGAGCUAUAUUCAGCAGUGGAAGGGAGUGUUCGAGCGAUUUGAUGGCAACAGGACUGGAUCUAUUGAGGCACAUGAGCUGGGUCAAGCUCUGACAGGGAUGGGUUACAACUUUUCGCCCCAGUUCCAUCAGAUGUGUAUCACCAAGUUUGAUUUCCACGGGCGCCGAAGCAUGAACCUGGACCAGUUCAUUCAGUGUUGUGUGAUGGUGAAGUCGCUAACGGACAUGUUCUCUGCCCGUGACACGCAGCGGGCUGGCAGAAUCACAGUCUCAUAUGAGGACUUUAUGACCAUGGCUGUCAUGACCAAAAUAUAGGAAUAUUAUCAUGAAUGGAUUUUAGUCCUGAAUUUAACAAGAACCGAAGUGGGUUUGUUUUUUAUUGCUGUUCGAAAUUUUGGAAAAGAGAUCUUUAUUUAGUGAAUGAAUUAGAAAAGGAAAGUUGAACCAAUAGAAAACAAAUUGUAAUGACAUUUUUGUACAAUAUUAUGUACAUUAAAGAAAUCAAAUGACACAAAUGACUGUAAUAAUUAUAACAAAACUGUUGAUGUAAGAGGUUAAUACUCUCCAAUGUAUAAUAAAUAAUCGUGAUAAUUAUUUUUUCUCUAUUUCUUCAUGUUUAAUUUUCAAAUAAUAGUUUGUAGUCACCAAGUUGGACAUGUGGGUUUUCUUGGAGUUCUCCAGUUAACUCCACAACACAAGACCACACUCUCACACAACAUUGUGCCAAUGAGAGGGACUAGUCUAAGUUAAUAUAACUUUAUUCAAAAUUGUUGUAAACCAUAUUUAGGUUAUAGCUUUGUUAUAAUAUAUACAUGUACUACGCAUAGUUUUCUUCAUAAUUUGUUUUAUAAUUACUUUAAGCUUGUCUGGUAUAUGAGAAAAAACGCUGGUGUAUUGUGAUGGCGUUUGGCUUCAUGUGUUCAUUGUGUUUGUUGAGCAAAAAGAUUUACCUUGGUCAGACCUCAAUAUUUACACCUCAACUUCUAUUCCAUCAAUGAAUGUCCUUUCGGCAAUAAAAAAAUAUUUUCUGAUGAACGCAACAUCUUUGGAUAUGUUCAGAUCGCGAUACUCUUAACUGAAGCCAAGCCGGCUUCAUUCUUCCUUCUUUUUUUUCACUUUUCGUUUGAGGAGUGUAUCUGAUGACCUUCAUCGUUAUCAUACAACUACCAACAUAGUUCAGUUCGGUUUUAUACAACUGUACAUAGGUAACUAAUGAAGGAAAAAUCUUAAGGCAUUCAAAUUCCAUAAAUAAAACUGCAUGGGGAAAUUUGUGGAGUAAGGCCAUCAUACAAACAAUGGGCAUGGACAAACCUUUAAUAGUCUAUACUCACCGUUUCAAAAUACAUCAGUCACAGCAUUUCAUUCCUUACAUAACCAAACCAAAACUAAAAUAACUUAAAACUUGUUGUACACAUGUUACCAGCGACUAAACACUCAUGUACAGCAAGUCUUUACCAUCUUUAUGCACCUUGUACUCAUAAAAACAACAGCAAACAGACAAGCAUUUGCAUUAACUCUUCGGCAUUUUGUGGUAGGUAUUCGAAAGCUUUUGGGAUUUAAUUAAUAAUAUAUUUUCUUUCAUUAAACCUACUAAAAUGCAUUAGCUCUGUGUCAUUCCUGUUUUGAUUUAUGUAGUUGAUAAUCGAAAGCUUUUGGAACUUAAGAUAUUUUUUUUCAUUUAAUUUAAAUCCAUACAAACAAACAAAUGUAAGUUUAUGUAUUAAUAAACUCAUAAUAGAUAAAUUGGUUUUUAGCUUGACUAUUCGAAGAAUAAGGAGGGCUAUACUACUCACCCCAGCGUCGGCAUCUGGUUAAAGUUUUAGGGCAAGUUUGGAUUUUCACUUAUAAGUCCAAUACCCUUCAUUUAAUUGACUUACUACUUCACACAGUCAUUCAGGACCAUCACACAAUGAGGUUUCAUAACUCCAUAUUAUCCUUCAUACAAGUUAUGAUCCCUGAUUGACCAAAGUUAAAGUUUAAGGGCAGGUUAAAGUUUUAGGGCAAGUUGGGAUUUUAAUAAAAAAACUUAUAUACCAUUCAUUCAAUGCACUAAGUACUACGCAGAAUUAUUGACGACCAUCUUACAACAAGGAACAUAACUUCAUUUUAACCCUACAUACAAAUUAUGGCCCUUGAAUGAUUUUUUUUUAUAUUUAAUUUCUUUUGUAAGGCACAUUUUUAUAUUCUUAACCACAUUUUCAUAUUGAAUGACUUGCGUCAUUAUUCGGGCGGGCUGGUGGGAGGGCAGCAUCAAAGUCACCAUAUGUAUUGAAUAAUUUUAGCUUUUUAGCUAGGUUUGACAUAAAGAGACCAAACUUGGUAUAUACAAAGAGUUUAUGGAGACCUUUUAUUGGAAUGCGUUUGAGGCCCCUAGGAUCAAGGUCAAGGUUACUAUUAAUAGAAAAAGGGUUGGUAUUGCAUAACUUAAGUAAGGGUCUAAAUAUUGUGACCAAACUUGGUACAUAGGAAGAGUUUAUAGAGACCUUUCCUGAGAUUGUGUUUUGGGCCCCGAGAGUUAUGGUCUAGGUCAAGGUCACUGUU